AUGCCUCUGGUUGGCACGGCCCUGUCCAUCGAUAGGCUGCUGGGGCUGCACCUAUUCGACAGCGCAUUCAGCGUGGCUGGCCAGAAGAUCCGGCCGCCCAUUAGCGCAAACAGGGCCGCCAGCACAGCUACAAAUCGCCCCGCAAGGCCAGCUGCCUUAUCCACCUCUUCUUCUUCUUCCGCAUCAUCUUUCUACUCAUCGAGAACAAGUUCAUCGUCACACUCAUUAUCAUCAGCUUUAACGCUUCUCGGCUUCAUCGCCCGCAACGCAGAACCAUCUUCAACUGUCCCCUCUCCGCCCGGUUCGACGGCCUCGCCGCUGUCGUCCCCCAUCGCAACCUGGCCAAUGGCGCAGCUACCGGUCGAGAUUUUUGAAAUCAUCACCCGGUAUCUGAGCCGGGCUGAUAUCCAGGCACUUCGUCUGGUGUGUCGAGAGUUUGAGGCCAAGGUCUCAGCCCAGUAUUUCCGCAAUGUCGUCGUGCCCUUCCGCUCGGAGCUCUACACCAAUCUCGACCGUGAUGAGAACAACGUCAUCGCGUCCCGCCUCUUUUCCAGCGGCAUGCGCAUCUUUGAAUCGUUUGGCCCUCACAUCCUUCGCUUUGCCCUGUCGCUCGAGCUAGAUGAGUUCACGCUCGCCUAUCCUCCCGUCAAGCCCGCCCAAGAGGCUGUGCCCGCCUUCUGGGGCAUCUAUCGAUGGCCCCAUGAGACCUAUCAUCGCUACACGGAUCUCGAGGGCCUUGAGCAGACCGCUGAUGAGACUGACAGCAUGAAAAAGGCCCUCCGCUGCCUGACCAAGGUGACCAACCUUGGCCUCUGCUGUGAUGCCGGUCUAGGCUUUCUUGUCGGCCCUGAUCAAGCUCAACGAAAGAUCAGCAAUCCUGACCCCGUCUUUGGUACCCGAGACUGGCGUCCAGAUGGUCGCUCCAGGAAUCACGAGGCAACGGUUACCGUAUCUGACUUUAACGGCGUGCCCCGGGAUCUCACCAAUGCCACCGCUCAGCAUGACAACUUCAAGCGUCGAAUUCUGGAAAAGAUGAUUGCCGAUGCUGGCUUCGCUGGCUUCUAUGUCCACGAGGCUAUUGACCUGCUGCUCGAAACAGAAGGCGUCACAAUCUCCAACAUCGACUUUGAUGAGCGUGAGGCCAUCUGGGCUGCAAAUCACCAUGCAAAUCCGCUUCCGCCUAUACCUGCCCGCCACCGCCGAACUGCUGAUACCUUGGCUCAGCAGGAGCGGGAGCAGGAGCAGGCGGCGGCGCAGGAGGCCAAUAGCCGCCAGCCUCUUAUCCCGACUAACCUCACGCGGGCCCAGAAAGAGCUGCUUCUUGAGCUGGAGUGGGCGCAUCGUGCCAUGAUCCAGUCCUAUGUCAUCAGCAUCAUCGACAAUGCUGGAGAUGGCUGCUUCAGAAACCUGACCAACGUGACCAUUGCCAAGAUUCCCAGCGCUCACAUCCAUAUUUUCUGCCGCAAGGAGCUCUGGGAGAGUUUGCCCUGUGUUAAGAACGUCUCCAUUGCCGUUAUUGCUGACUGGAGAAAGAUUUCAAAGCCUUCUCCGGGUGUUGUCGCCGAUACACACAUGUCUCCUGUCGAGGCUGUUCCUAAGGCCUACAAGCUUCUCAAUGACUACAUUGGACGGCGGGACACCAUUGAAAACGUUCACUUCGAGUGGAUAUGUGGCGGCGAGUUUGCUCGGGGCCCGUACCAGCGCGGCCAGUAUAUCCUGCCGGCUCCUUUCGUUGAGUCUGCAGACAUGAUGAGUGCCCCCGAUGGCGCCAAAGAUACGGAUAAGCUUCUGGCUAUGCCCUUUGUCAAGCACUUCUCCUUGAAGAACUGCUGGGUCUCGCCCCAUGUUCUUAUGCAAACCAUCCGUUCCAUGGCGCUGCGGUCCCUUGACAAGCUGGAAUUUGAGUCCGUAUCUCUUUCCGGGCCGCCCGUUUAUCCUCUUCAGCCGGGCAACGUCCCCCAACCUGCUCUCGACGAUGGCGGCAUUCCGCCUGCAUUGUUCCAGGGCCUUGUUGGCCCCAUGGCUGGAGGCCCCGUUGCACCACCUCCCAUAUUCCCUCCGGUUGCAAUGCCAAUGCAGAUGCUCUUGCCCGAAGAACAGCAACCCGAGAGGCUUGCGAUGCCAGACCUCUUCACAUGGUCUGGUUUCUGCGAGCACUUUAGCCCCAGCAUCAAAAUGCGCUACCUUCCCCGUUUUCGCGAAUCGGCCGGUGUGGAUGGUGAUACAACCGUCAGGCCAGAGGAGCUUUCUCUACCACACCCCAACAAGGAUUCUUUCCUGCCAUAUGCCGACCAGCUGAAUGCCGAUGAGGCUCAGUACAACCUCAGUUCGAUCUCUUUCAAGUCUUGUGGCUAUGUGUUUAUAGACCUGCGCACUCUCGAGAUUCGGGCUCUCCUGCCACCAGAAGGCCAAGCUGCCCAUGCCUUUGCGAACAGCCUUCGCCAUGAUAUGUUUCACUCUAUGCAAUACUGCAAGGAUAAGCUCCUCGGCCGUAUUUUGCCAUAUAUGCUGACGUCUGAAGUGAAGACGCUUGAGCAAAUUUUCCUCAUGGAUCAUGGCUGGAGCAAGGUGUAUCCCAGUCACGUUUGCGAUGACGCUAUUGCUGAUGGUUUCGAAAUGCCCGGCUUGGGGCGCUUUUCCGGCACCCUUGCCAAGGUUAACGACAACCAGGUUGAGAUGAUUGGAUGA